CAGGAAGUCCACGGAGUCUUUACAGUGUAGCGCGCUGUCAAAACAUAAAGCAGCAGCAGUGCAGUGGAGAACAAUUUUUGCUGAAAACUUUGAAUAUCUGUAUCCCUACGAGGAACGAUCAGAUCCACCUUGCCUCCUUGUUGAUAAGCAUUAUUUCUGGUGAUGGAGGAGGAAGAUGAUUGUCCAGAGUUGGUGCCCAUUGACACCCCGUCCGGUCCUCCUGCAGAGCAGAUACCUGUCACCAUCAUCACAGGCUACCUUGGUGCUGGAAAGACCACACUCCUGAACUAUAUCUUAACAGAACAACACAACAAGCGGAUUGCUGUCAUACUCAAUGAGUUUGGAGAAGGCAGCGCCCUGGAGAAGUCCCUCGCAGUGAGCCACGCAGGAGAGCUGUAUGAGGAGUGGCUGGAACUGAGAAAUGGCUGCCUUUGCUGCUCUGUCAAGGACAAUGGUCUUAAAGCCAUCGAGAACCUGAUGGAGAAGAAAGGAAAGUUUGACUACAUCCUGUUAGAAACCACAGGACUUGCUGAUCCAGGAGCCGUGGCUUCCAUGUUCUGGGUCGAUGCAGAGCUCGGCAGCGACAUCUAUUUGGAUGGCAUCGUCACUGUCACUGACGCCAAGUAUGGACUGCAGCAACUAACAGAGGAAAAAGCUGAUGGACUCAUCAAUGAAGCAGCCAGGCAGAUUGCUGUCGCUGACCUGAUCAUAAUCAACAAGACAGACCUGGUGAAUGAGGAGGAACUGACUCAGAUCCGAGACGCAAUCAGGUCUAUAAAUGGUCUCGUGAAGAUUCUAGAAACUCAGAAGUCAAGGGUGGAUCUCUCUGAAGUGCUGGAUCUGCAUUCCUUUGACAGUAAAGAUGGAGCAAAUCUAGCAGAGAAGCUCCAGCUUGUGAAAUCUACACGACCGCAUCUUGACAAGAGUAUUUUAACUGCAACGUUUGAGGUGGCUGGAGAUCUCUCUGAGGAUGCCUUGAAUGUCUUCAUCCAGGAUCUGCUUUGGGAAAAGAUGUUCAAAAACAAAGAAGGGCAACCCAUGACUGUCAUUCGGUUAAAGGGCAUAGUAUCAUUUGCAGGUAAAGCCCACCAAGUGAUGCUGCAGGGGGUCCACGAGCUGUAUGACCUGAAUGAGACUCCACAGCUUUGGGAGGAGAACCCGCGGAUCAACCGACUGGUCUUUAUAGGUAGGAACCUGGACAGGGACAUUCUGCAGGAACAGUUCAUCUCUGCAGUGGUGCAAAGAGGAGAGAGAAAUUAGCCACAAGCACUGGAAAACUGUUGAUUUGCCCUAAAUUCUGCAGCUUUGGCCAUCCAUAAAUCUGGGACUGUGCUUCAGACGUUCACUCCGUUCCUACAAGAACCUGAGGUACGUCAGAGGAUGGUUACAGCAGUGAUCAGUGCGGUAGUUUACAGUUCUGAUAAUUCCUCACGACCUGCUUUAAAAGCUACAGUAUGUCAGAGAGUGUUUAUGUUGCUGUAGUGGCUGAAUUAAAUCCUGUGUGUCACCCUGGAAACUUCUCCUGAACUCAACCUCCAAAACGUGUGCGCGGACAAAGAUGCUACAAAGGGCCAGAAUUUCAAUCAGAAAUAUUGUUGUUUUUUUUUUUUUUACUUUAUAAAAUCUGCAAAUUUGAAGGUUGGGAACUCUAGUAGUGUUUGAAGUUGCAAAUACUGUAUUGGGUGUGGUGCUUUGUAAAUGAAGUAGCCUUGCUUCUGUUUCUGGCUUUUAACACCCUGUUUUUUUAAUUAUUCAAAAUAAAG